AUGAUCGAUGGGUACUUGCGUUUUCCGAAAUUACGCCAAAAAUUGGUGACGUGUUGGGGCCACUACGCGUGGGUGAAUGAUAAUAGCUCCUUUAACAUCAAUAAUCAGGUUUUGCUCAGCGCACGCAGCUAUCGCGGACGUCCGGUGAAUGACAGCAAUAUACAAGACUUCGUUAGCGAAUUGGCAACCAAAUACAUACCAUCGGACUUGCCACAAUGGCAGGUGAUUGUCAUACCCACUGCAAUAGCCACUGCGAGUGCGCCACCAGAGACCGCAACCGAAAACACAACACCUUUGGCACCGAUGUCACAAACUAUGGAUGAUCACUACUACGUGAUGGUCAAGGUACAUCAUCUAAUCAUUGCCGAAGAGGAAGAUCUGCACAUCAGCGAAAUACUGAUGCUGCAAGAGAAUGGACGCAAAGCUGUGAUCGACAUCGAUCAAAUGGGCAAUGGAGGGAGAGCACAACCACUUUCCUGUUUUGUGCGCGAACCCGUUCACAUACCCCGCCUCAUCAAUCACAUAGGCGCCCAAAUAGUGAAUACCUGGAAUGCUUUCAUCUACGAGUACGAGUCACUGGAAACGCCGGACGGUUAUAGGCCAGUACCCAUCACCAAUGUUACCCAACUGCUUUCAGUGCUGCUGAUCGUCGUGGUGAAUGUGUGCCUGGACUACAGGCGCACUAUGCAGUUGCACCAAAAGCUGCGUCGCCGCUACAAUGUGCAGAAGGAUAAUUGCGGGCGGUUGAAUGUACUCACCACGUUGCUACUCAAAGAAAUCGAUAGACGUAAUCUCUCAUGGCCUGUCGCAUGGAUGGCCAUUUGCACAUCGUGGCAUCCAGCGAAUAUAGCCAAGACAUGGACCAUGUUCCUGUGGCGCGUCAAUAUUAACAACACGGUGCUGCUGCCCUAUCGCAUCUACUGUGAACUGAUGGCCAUGAGCGAUAUUGUCUUCAAAGGGCAAACGUAUCUUACGCAUACACACAUCGGACGUUUAUCGAUCUACCUGCCGAUGAUAUUGUAUGCACAAAUAGAAUUCAUUAAAAUAUGCUAUGAAAUCUUCAAAGCGCCAGUUAAUAUCUACGAGGAGCUCUUCGUGAGUCCCUCCAAAGAAGCUAAUAUUUUGCAAAUGAAAUCCUACUCUGGCCGCAAGAUCGUCUCAUUCUCCAAGUCCAUUAACGCGGCCGAGCUACGGCAGCGGCACAAUUUCGGCGCAGAGGUGCGCGAGUCCGACUUUGUGCUGUCGUGUUUGGCUGGCGCCUUGCGCGACUACUUCGCCAUGCAUAGAAAUAUGGCGCCAGUGCCUGAGGUGCUCAAUACCACAUGUCGCACCAUUUCUAAGGGUUACUUCACCGAAAAGACGGGCAAUAAGGCGGAACACAUCGGCGGCGUCGUUUUUCUGCAACUGCCGCUCGAGGCGCCUGGAUGGGAGCAUGCGCGCAAAAUGCAUUCGAUCAUCGACAAUAUACGACGCAAGCAGAUUAUGAUCUAUCUGGCGUCGAUGGGUCAGACGCGAUUUGAUCUGCUGACCGCCUUGGUGCCGCGUGUGCUAACAAAGGUCUGUUUGAAUUUCUUUUCUCACAACUUCCCCGUUACCCUAACGGAAAUACAUGGCUCAUCGCCGGACUUUCAAACGCUCUGGGGUCAUGUCGUGGAGGAUGUGCUACUCUUCAGACCACCGCAAUCGAAAACAUGUUUAUCGCUGAAUAUUCACCGUUUCGGGGACCGAUAUCGUUUAGCUAUAAUGGCCGACACGCAGUUGGGACCGGAUCAUGCUCUGAUAUCACGCGCAUUCGAGAACUACAUAGAAACUGUAGCGCUUUAAAAGAAUUCUUACUUAUUUAUUAAUUUCUGUGAUUAAGUCGUUUUGUAAUAAAUCUGGGUUGACAAUAUUCC